GUUCGUUUAUUAACACUGCAUCCUGAUAAUAAAGAUACUGACAUCAAAGUGAGCAUAGGGGCUCGGCUUUCCGCCAAACUGAGUUUCAUUGCCCUCUCCUAUAUCUGGGGUAGCCCAGUGGAUGAGCAACAUCCUUUUUAUAGUCAUUACGGCAUGUUGAAAUAUCACAUAUCUUGCCAUGGUGAGCGCAUUGCCGUCGGUCAUAAUUUGUACGAAGUUUUAGCACAGCUGCGUGAAGCGCAAGAGCAAUCCCCACUUUGGAUGGAUGCUAUCUGUAUUGAUCAGAGGAAUGAUGAAGAGCGAAACCACCAAAGCUUGCUUAUGCCUUCAAUCUAUCACCAGUCAUUGUUGGUACUCAUUUGGCCUGAUAGCAGCGAUGGGGCUAUUUAUACCGCUUUGAAACCUUGA